AUGUGGAAACCAAUCCAUUCAUCAGCCAUCACACUCGUUCUGACGCUGCUCUUGACAUCCGCCCACGGAGCGUACGUUGAAUUCCAGAAUUGUCUCGAUCGAAGUAUUAUCACUUCGAAUCCUCGGCUCCUUCAGUUCGUUCCGUUCAAUGUUUCGGCCGUCUUCGACACUUCGUCGCCCAGGCACAAUCUCAACAUCACCGUCUAUGGAAAUGUCUCCGGAAAAGCUACUGAUGAACCUUACCCUCCUCCGGAUGAUCCGUCUUGGACCAAUCCCAACGAUACUUUUGGGAAGAUUCCUGACCUCAGCGAAACGAACAACAAAUAUACGACUCUUUUUACCGAGUUCAACUUUUUAAGUUACACUCCAUGGAACGCUGAGCCGAUGAGAUUUUGCGAAUCAGUUGUUGAAGGAACCUGUCCAUUGGCCCCGGCAUUCUUCGCCAAUUCGAGUGACCUUGGACGAUUGCCUGCAUUCUCCGUUGCCCAUGAUUUGUUCUCGACUUACGCAUUUGGCUCACUUCAAACCACCCUAAGGGUUCAAUCAGGCGACGCCAGUGGUCAAUACUACAGCUGCGUCAGUGCCACCGUCACACCCGAUUUAGGAGGAUAUGUCAAAGGAAUCUUGCGCUAUCUGCCUCUUGCAGUUCUGAUAGUUGUCGGCAUCGCCACGAUUGCCGCUGCCAUCCUGAGCCCUUGGGGUUCGGGAGAUAUCUUCAACUGGAGCAGUAACUUUGGACGCGAUGAAGAUCUCCUGCGUCUGGUCACCCCGGGCUUCGGUGACUGUUUGCAAUACAUCCAAUUUGUCGUCCUUAGCGGCAGCCUGACACUGAAUUAUCCUGGAUUUUACCAACCAGCCGUAAGCAGAGUGUCCUGGUCCUCCCUCAUGUUCAAUGAGAGUUUUGUGACUGGCGGCAAUGGUACGCAGAGCUUGGUUGACGGAGUCUAUGAAAUUCGACAUAAUACCAAAUAUGGACUCGACCGGAUGAGUCAACUCGUGGGCAUGACAUCUGAACGAGAUCUGUGGGCUGACAUGAUAGUUUGGCUGGUCGUUAUUGUUGCAGCUGUUACCAUCUUGACUCAAUUGGGAUUUGCUGCUCGAUGGCUGUAUCGUCACGUUACCAAUGAGCCAGCAGAAGAUCUCCGCUCCAAGAAUGGUCCUUUCACGAUCGGGAAUGUCGUGCGGCUGGUGCUGAACUUUUCCCUACUACCCUUGAUCACUCUAUCGUUCUACCAACUCUUGAUCGCAACGCGAGGGCCGGCAUACUCUGUGGCAUUAGCGGCAAUCUGCCUGAUAGUGGUUCUUGUAUUCUCCGGCCGACUGCUCCUUCUGUUCAUCCGGACGAGACCGCGUUCCUUUCUCUUCGACGAUCUCCUGACCGUCCUCGCAUACGGACCGCUGUACAACACAUACUGUGACAAUACGGCCACCUUCGCUUUGAUUCCACUACUGGUAAACUUUCUCCGAGGGAUUGCAAUCGGCGCGGUUCAACCAUCAGGAGUUGCGCAGGUUGUGCUUCUUGCCAUCUGCGAAAUUGUCCUCAUUCUGACGAUCAAUGCCUUUCGUCCUUUCCCGUCCGCCACCUCGAUGAACAUUUAUCAUACCUGUUUCGCGAGCAUCCGCCUGAUCACAAUCCUCUUGUCGAUAGCAUUUGUACCUUCCCUUGGUGUCGGGGACGCGUCAAGGGGCUGGAUUGGGUAUGCUAUCCUUGUGAUCCACGCCUGCACCCUCGUUUUUGGGUUCUUCCUCAACGCCGUGCAAACAUUGAUUGAGGUCGUUGCUCGAAUUGCUGGCGCGGGUGGACGAGAUGAGGUUACAGGCGGGGCCACAAGAGGCGGUUUGAACAAGGUGUUUGGCAUGAGGCAGUUGUCACGACGGGUGCCACGACGUGACCAGCCCCCUCGCCACAGUAUGUCAUCGAAUGCCGCCAUGCUGGCAACUGUGGAUAGUGAACCGAAGCAACUCAAUAUGGCCAAGACUAGAUCCCGCAGUGUUUCUGCCACUUCAAACGUGUUACUGGACAGCGGAAGAAACUCGAGCAGAAUGAGUCAGAUCAUCGAUGGCCGUGUUGUCGGCCAGACGACCCCCGAUCGAUCUAGCAGAGGCUCGAAGCCACUUGCGGGCAGGUUAAGCGGCACAGGAUCGCUGGGAGGAAUCGUUGGUCUCCAAAAGCAGGUGGAAUCCAAAGAUCCAUAUUAUCGGCCUCCGCGCCGGAAUACAACGGAGCCGCUCUCCGCUGCUGACAGCCGCCCUAUCAUGUCGCUGGCCAGCGGGAAGUCGAAAGGUGCUCUUCUCAAUGACGGAGCAGUAGAGGAUGAUGCGGCUGAAGGCUCUUCCACUCCCAUGCGUGUCGACAACGAUGAUUUCGAGGAUGCUGCGAAUGAAUUGACGAGGACUAAGACCGAUUAUGCGGUGAGAGAAGUCGACUUCUAUUACGGUGUUCGUGGUGCAGCACUCUCCAGCGGGACCAGGAAGCUCAAGACUGGGCCAGCUGAUCCUACUGGACCCGUCUCCACCGCCAGAGGCUGGUUCAAGGGUAUUCUGGGUGGCAAGACAAAAGAGAAGAACAAGGGUUUCGAAGUCGUCAGAAGUGCUCGAGCUCCACCACCAGGUCUAUUCCCGCCAGUUCCUGUCCCAGGAAGCCCGGCCCACGAACCAUACCACGAUGACGAUGUCCAGGACAAUGAAGAGAGUCGGCCUGAUCGAACAAGUUCGAGGAUUGCUUCUCCUUCGCCCCUGGAACAAGGUGUCUACGACGAUGCUGUAGCCGAGGAGUCCUCUGAAGAGGAGGAGCCGAUCAGCCCGGUUCCUUCACAGCCACCAUCUUUGCCGCUUAUAGAUUCCGGUGGUGCGAUCGAACUACCAAGUCGGAUAGGCUCGGAAGCCUCCCGAAAGUCUCGCAAAAAGCCACCUCCAGGAGAGAUUCCAGAGGUCCCGGCGAUUCCAGCUAUACCUCGAAAAAGUUCUCGGAGACAGUCUGGGGGAAAUCAGAAUGAUAGAACACACGCAAGGGCGAACUUCCGUGGUGCUGCCAUUUCCAACCCUCCUGCUGAUAAAGGACAUUCUCAGAGUUUGAGCGCCAGUCGCAUCCCAUUUUCCAGCACGCAGACUUCCAUGGCGAGGGAGAAGAGGUAUUCGACGGGCGCGGAAUCGACGACCUCGAGCAUAUUGCGGGACGGAGGCGAGAACAAUCCGACGAGUCCCCGUACUUCAUACACCAAUCAUCUCCGCAACACUUCAUCGGCAUUAGGUGCUGCGCAUGGAGCCGAUAUUCUCAAUGACAGGCCAUCGAAUGUGGGCUUUGUGCAACAACACAGAGCUAGCGACCAUAUUCAUUACAGCCCCGACUCUCCAGAAUAUGAAGGCAGCACGGCAGAAGUUCACGGAAGACCUGGGCCUGCGUAUUGA